AUAUAGUAGGUGGUAGGUACCUAUUACUACCUUUUGAUCCUCUUGGUAAUUUGGAUACAACUAGAAAAAUACGUAUAUUAUUCCAUAUCACCACGAUUCCAUACUUACAGUUGCUAAGCUAAGGUUUUUUUUUUCUAUAGGUUUUUCCUUGGUUAGUUUUAUAUUUUUGUGAUAUUUCUUUAAACAUGGUAACUCUACAAAUGACAUAAAAUAACGUUUAAAUUGUACAUGAAGGAUGAGCUUCUAUAUAAGAUAAUUAGAAAAUCAUAUUAAAGAAAAUGGAAAGUAACUAAAUUAUUUUUCGGGUUUGACAUUGACGUUAUUUUAUUGACAGAUUUUGUUGAGAAUCAGGGAGAAUUAGUCGAGCAAAGCUGUGAAGCAAAGCAAAGCAUUUCAAUCAAAGCAAUUCACUGAAAAUUUUAUAUAAACUAGGUAUACCUACUAGUACGUAUGGUGCGUUUAUUAAUUGUUUAGGUUCUCUCAACGAUUUGUAAUUCUCAAUUUGUGUAACGUGAAAUGUGUGCCUAAAACAAAUUUAAUAAGGGCGUAACACGUAUCACCAAAAAGAUAUCAACAUGACUUCUAUCCUAGAUCAGUACGAACAAGCUUCUCAGGUUUCCCAGCGGCCCAAGCCUGUGGAAGAAGCCAUGACUUCAUCGGGCUACAUUAACAUGCAACUGGAAGACAAUACGCCGAUAUUCUCUAAACAGAAGAUGAAUUUCAACCCAUCAGAUGUGAUUACCCACGGUGCUGUUGCCAGUGACUAUCUGGUGCUCGCUAUGGCAAAUGGAAAUCUAUUCAGAAUGGACUUGAAGAUGCCAAGUCAUUUUGAAGAAAUAAAGUACACUAAGUACAUCCAGUCAAACACCAAGCUCACUGGUUUAUAUCUCGAUCCGCUUGGCUGUCAUCUCCUUAUGGCUUUCGCACCAAGAACCAAAGACGGCAACCCUGAGUUAGUCUACCUUCACCGUAAAAGCUCCAAGUUGAAAUCUGUUACUAAAUCUAGAUCUUAUGAGGUAACCGAAGUUGGUUGGAACAAUGAGAAUACGUCAGAGAUCACAACUGGUCCUAUUUUACUGGGUUCUUCUCAAGGACAUAUUAUAGAAACGGAAUUAGUAGCUGAUAAUGAUAAGAUGUUCACAGCUAACCAGCAAUAUUGGAGACAGAUUUUUGACAUCGGACAAGGCACAGACAUGCCAAUAACAGGCAUCCAAUUCCACCGCGUGUCUAACACAUCGAAGUACUUCAUCUUCAUAACGACCCCCACUAGACUGUACCAAUUCAUUGGCAACGCAGUCACAACUGAUGGCAGACCCAGUCUCCAGUCUAUAUUCUACCAAUACCUCACCAUGCCUGACACAGGAUUCCAGGAAAUUCCAUCAUCUUUGAAAUACUCUAGAUUGCAGUUCCAUUUUGAUAGGGAUGAGGUACCGAAGAGUUUUGCCUGGCUCACUGAACCUGGUAUAUUUUAUGGACAACUGGACCCGUCAUCUCAACAGAAUUCCAAUACUCUGUUCACUCAAGGAGAACUAAUAAACUACCCUCCAGAUUUUGAGUCAGAAAUUGAUUCUAAAGAAAAGGCACCACUCUCCUUUGUUUUGACGGAAUUCCACGCACUUCUCAUGUACUCCGACAGAGUCAAGGCAGUUUCCCUUCUCAACCAGGAAUGUGUGUACGAAGACAGGUUUUCCGAAGCUCACGGCAAACUCAAGAAUAUCGUCAAAGAUGUCAAACGGAGGACUGUAUGGGCUAUUACUGAAAAAACUGUGUUCCGAUACAAAAUUGUCAGAGAAGAGCGAAAUGUCUGGAGGAUUUACAUGGAGAAGGAACAGUUUGAUUUAGCGAAACUAUAUUGCUUACAAAACCCUGUUUACCUGGACAUUGUAAAUGUAAAACAAGCGGAACUUCUUUUUUCGAAAGGAAAGUAUGAGGAUAGUGCUAAUGUGUAUGCUGACACCCAAAGCAGCUUCGAAACUGUAUGCCUUAAAUUUUUAGAACAAGACCAGAUAAACGCACUACAAAUAUAUCUGUGCAAGCGAUUAGACACUCUAGAUGAAGACGAUAAGACUUUAAUCUCAAUGGUGGUUAUAUGGAUGACUGAACUGUAUCUGUCUCAAUUGGGUCUUCUAAGGCGGACAGGGAAGUUGAAUACGGAUGAGUACAAUCGCAUACAGAGUGAUUUCGAUGUGUUUUUAGUGCAUCCAAAAGUGUCGAAGUGUAUGCAGCAUGUUAAGAAGGUGAUAUACGAUUUGAUGUCUUCACACGGAGACAAGCAGAACUUGAUUAAGUUGACGUUGAUGAAUGAAGAUUAUGAGAACGUUGUCGCGCAGAAUAUCUACAGGAAGUCUUAUACAGAGGCUUUGAAAACUCUACAGGAUUUGAAGAAACCCGAAUUGUUUUAUCAGUUUGCUCCUGUGUUGAUGGAAGAAGAUCCAAAGAGAACAGUCAACACUUUGAUUUCUCAAGGUCCUAGACUAUCACCAUCAAAGCUACUACCAGCGUUCCUGUCCUGUGAGAACGAUGAAAAACACAUCUCAGAAAUAAUCCGCUACCUCGAGUUCAUGGUACAGAACUACAACGUCAAAGAGCGAGCCAUACACAACUAUCUUCUGACUUUGUACUGUGAAUAUGACCAGCAGGCGUUGAUGAGGUAUCUGGAGAGGCAGGGAACAGACGCUGUGUUGGUCAACUAUGAUGUGCACUACGCUAAAAGACUGUGUCACGAGAAGGACCUUCCAGAAGCGUGUGUAAAGUUAUCGGCUCUCCUGGGACUGUGGGAGGCGGCUGUCUCGCUCGCACUGCAGGUCUCGCUCCCUCUCGCCAAGUCGAUCGCCAAUAUGCCCGAUGAUGUGCAGCUCCAGCGGUCCCUGUGGCUUAACAUCGCCGAGAACGUGAUCACGAAGAACCAGAAUGUGGCGGAAGCAAUGGGCUUCCUGGACGAGUGUCCGCUCAUCAAGAUCGAGGACUUGCUGCCGUUCUUCAGCGACGUCGUCACCAUUGACCACUUCCGGGAGCCCAUCUGUCAGUCGCUACAGGAAUACAACAAUCAAAUCGAAGAAUUGAAAGCUGAAAUGGAAGAGGCUACAAAAUCAGCUGAAUUGGUCCGUUCAGAAAUCCAAUCGUUCCGCAACCGCAGUGUGCACGUGUCGGUGACGGACGAGUGUUGUCUGUGCGAGAUCACGCUGCUGCUGAGACCCUUCUACCUGUUCCCGUGCGGACACAAGUUCCACAGCGACUGUCUGCAGACUGAGAUACAGCCUACACUCGGUCCCGCUCGCCGCAACAAACUCCAAGACGUACAAACCCGCCUCUCAGUUCUGUCCAGCAUAGAGCUGAACACGCGGACAUCGAGCGGACUCCCUCUACGAGAGCUACUCAAGAACGAGAUAGACGAUAUCGUGGCCAGCGAAUGCUUGUAUUGCGGAGAGUACAUGAUCAAUUGUAUUGAUAAACCGUUUAUUUCCGAUGAAGAUUGGGACAGAGUUAUGAAGGAGUGGGAGUGAGAAAUGAGUCCUGAUUAUUUGUAAAAUCUUGGAUUUUUUUAUAUUGCAAGCAAACAGGCGGAUGAAUUUCACGAGCGUUUUGAACUCCGCCGCGGGCUCUCAUUAGUGUUUAUUAAAUUUUACCAAUGACAGAAAUCUAUUUAAUUGCCCUAUUUUAUAAAUAAGUACUGCUACAAUGUUAAUUUUAUAGAUGUUUAAUUAAAAAAAAAAAAAAAGAUUCUUUAUUCACACAAAUUGUCGGAAACUAAUGAAACGCUACACGCCGCGUUCAAACGUUCGUGAAAUUGCGGCUCACCUGAUGGUAAGUGGUCACCACAGCCUAUUAACUUCUGCCACACCAGAGGUGUCUCACGUACGUACGAGUGUGGCGGCCCCGAAUAAUUUAAUUUAUAAAUUAUAAACAGCGCGCCCGCGGCUUCGCUCGCUAGUAUAUUCUUACACGGCUGACAUUUUACAACAUUACAGUCUUAUUCAUAAAAAAGUUAAUGUAUAUGAAACAAUGUUUAAAACUGUAUUUUAGUUAUAUAAAUACUUAGUUACGAAAAUUACAUAGUUAUAGGUUAGGCUGGUUCGGGCAUAUUUUAAGAAGAGAUGAAAAUCACGUCACUCAAAGGGCAUUAAAGAUGGAAGUAAAGGGUUCCAGGAAUAGAGGAAGACCUAAGAAGAAAUGGAUGGAGUGUGUCAAGGAUAGUGUGAACAGGCAAGGAGUGUCAAUGGAUAUGGCAAAUGACAGAACGAAAUGGAAGGAACUUACAUACUGUGCCGACCCCACAUGAGUGGUAUAAGGUCGAGAAGAAAUAUUAGUUACGAAAGUGCACUUCGUGCACAAUCAUACUUUUUAUGAAUAAGAGCAUUAGUGUUUUCAACAUUUUUCGUUACUGUUGUAGCGUGUUGAAAAACUUGUGCUAUUGAAAAAAAAAUUUAUUUAGCCAAUGUAAAUUAAGGUUAUUUCUGUGAUAAGAUGCUUGAGGAUUUUUGUAAAUUUAACCAAAUAGGUAUAUUUUAUAAAUUUAAACUUAUAUAUUCCUUUUUGGUUGAUCUUAGAUUUAAGUUUGCAUGUUUUUAUAGUAUAUAAUGGAACUGAGUAGUGUUUACUGUAAACCAAAUAAAUUAUAUUUACUAUUUA